AUGCAUCGUACGCUACCCACGGCGCGCGGCUUCACCUACACCACCAAGCCAUCACGAUAUUCCGUUUGCGGAUGGUUUCAAGAGUCCAACGUCGAGGCGGAGUCGCGGAACCUCAACGGAAACAAGCCGCCCUCUCUUACGCCCGAUGUGAUUUUCUCCGUAACAACGGCAAUCUCUCCGAGACGUUCCUCCGGCUGCCUCUCUUCCUCCCCAUCGCCCUUGGUUUCUUUUACCCUCAUCCUUCAGCGGCCGACAGUCGCCUCCUCACCCGUCGGCCCUCAACCGCUUUCCUCUCCGUUUGCGUCGACGGUUUAUGGCGCGGAACAGAGAAAUUCGUUGUCCCUGCUGAAACGAAGACUCUGCGACCUGACGAAGGGAUCUAUUGGUGUUCUCGACGAGAGCAUUGUUCGGACCUACCGAGUCCCUCCCUCCAAUGAGAGGUGGGAACCUCAUACAAGCAUUCUGCUGCCAUCCUCACCUUCGCCACACACGAGAACCUGCGAGAUUGUACGCCCGUAA